GCUACAGAUGACAUCAGCUGAGAGCUAGACCACCUUGGUUCCGAAUGCGUUUAUACUUCCCAGGGUCCUAGUCAUGACACGAUGUCUGGGGGUAUAAAAAAGCGAACCACUCCUUCCAAGCCUAGUCCACGCCCGGUGGUCACCGCUUAGUUCCCAGCUAAUCAUACAGACAACGGUCUAAGGAUGGCGACGUUGCUGGAGUCGGCAGAUGCAGAGCCGCUGUGUAAUAGCAAUUCAAUGACUACCCCCGAAGCUUCAAGUCUUUCCCACCGAUUUGUCGACAACAAAUUUUAUCUGCUUGUGGUUAUUGGGGAGAUUGUUUCAGACGAUCACCUGAAGUGUGCCAUUGCAGAUAUUGAAAGAGGCAUCCGGUCAUGGGACACAAAUCUGAUCGACUGCAACUUAGACCAAGAGCUGAAACUCUUUGUAUCACGGCACUCGGCAAGGUUUUCUCCCGAUGUACGAGGACAGAAGAUUCUGCACCAUAAAAGCAAUGUCCUGGAGACAGUGGUGCUCAUUAACCCCUCUGAUGAGGCUGUUAGCACUGAGGUCCGUUUGAUGGUCUCAGAUACUGCCAGACACAAACUGCUGGUACUUUCUGGACAAUGUCUGGAAAACACUGGAGAGCUCAUUCUUCAGUCUGGGUCCUUUUCAUUCCUGAAUUUCAUAGACAUCUUCACCGAUCAAGAGAUCGGGGAACUACUCAGCACCACUCAUCCAGCAAACAAAGCGAACCUUACCUUGUUCUGUCCAGAGGAAGGUGACUGGAAGAACUCAAACCUGGACAAACACAAUCUACAAGACUUUAUCAACAUGAAGCUGAGCACUGCAGCAAUCCUGCCAGAGAUGGAAGGCCUCUCGGAAUUUACAGAGUACCUGGCAGAGUCUGUAGAAAUCCCAUCUUCAUUUGAUAUGCUGGAGCCCCCAACCUCUGGAGGAUUUCUAAAGCUCUCAAAGCCAUGUUGCUACAUCUUCCCUGGUGGUCGAGGAGACUCUGCCUUGUUCGCAGUUAAUGGGUUCAACAUGCUGAUCAAUGGUGGCUCAGAUCGCAAGUCCUGCUUCUGGAAGCUGGUCAGACAUUUGGACAGAGUGGACUCAUUACUACUGACUCAUGUUGGAGAUGACAAUUUGCCAGGAAUUAAUAGCAUGCUUCAGCGUAAAAUAGCAGAAUUGGAAGAGGAGCAGUCACAGUGCUCCACAGCUAACAGCGAGGGAGUAAAAAAUCUUAUCUCUCCUGAUCUUGGAGUUGUUUUUCUGAAUGUCCCUGAAGAUCUCAAACAACCAGAGCCAAAAUUCAGGGUGAGAAGGACCAGUGAGGAGGCAUUCCGAACACUACAAUACCUGAACAAACUGUCCUUGAAGCCAGAGCCUCUUUAUAGGCAGGUUGGUAAUUCUACAGAGCCUAUCAUCUUGUUUCAGAAAAUGGGUGUUGGCAGGUUAGAGAUGUAUGUACUAAACCCAACCAAAAACAGUAAAGAGCUCAAUUACUUUCUGAAACAGUGGACGGGUAGUGAGAAAGACAAUGCUCCUUUCCUGCUUCCAAAUGGCAAAAAAACUAACAUCCCUGUUUCUUGUUUAACCUCAAUUUCAUCACUGAUAGUGUGGCACCCAGCUAACCCCUCUGAAAAGAUAGUGCGUGUCCUGUUUCCAGGUAAUGCCACGCAACGUAAUAUUCUAGAGGGUUUGGAAAAACUCAAGCAUCUGGACUUCCUGAAGCAACCUGUGGUUACUCAGAAAGAGUUAUCGUCCAACAUCUCAUCAGCAUUGAAACAAGCCAAACUGAAACACAAAACUGACAGCAAGGAAAGCCUUAAGUCAACUUCAAAGCCAUUUCCCAUUAGAGGACCCACAAAAGAAUCAAAGGAAGAGACUCCAGAGAAAGCAAAAGUGGAUGAUGUAGAGGCAGCCAAAGAAAAGACUAAGAAACCUGAGAGAAAGGAAAAACUUCUUGUGAAAAAGGAAAAGCCAACAACGCAGACAAAAGAUAAUGAAGUCAAAGCAAAAUCAGAGCAGACAUCCAACAAUGAAACACCAGAGAAAAAGAAAUUGGAGCGUAAACCAAAAACACCAAAAGAACAGGUGUCACCUAAAGAAACUAAGAUAAAUGAAAAGAAAAAAGAGGGACAUGAAGUCAAGAAAGAAGUUGUAAAGAAGGAGGAGAAGCUCGUCUCAAAGAAAGAAGAAAAAACUAAAAAGGAUGAAAAGGUGAAAAAGGAAGAAACUAAAAAAGAGUCCAAAAAAGAAAUAAAACGUGAUACACGGAAGGACUCUCCAAUGAAGGAGGCUAAGAAAGAAGAGAAGAAAGAGCUUAAGAAAGAGGAAAGUGAUCAGAAGAAAGAUGUGAAGAAGCCCUCUAAAGAUCUGAAGAAAACUGCAGCUGCUCCAGGGGAUGCCAAAAAGCUUGUGCCAAAACCUAAAAUUCAAAAGAAAGAAGAUGCAGCAAAGAAGAUUGUUGGGAGCCCUGGAAAACCGAAAGAGAAGGGCAAAAUCAAAGGAACAAAAAAGGAAUCAAAAUCUAGUGAUGCUGCUGGAGUUUUGGCUGGUGUUACUGCAGCUACUGGGAUCUCAGAGGCACUUGAAUGUGAAAGAUCUCUGAUGUCUUCUCCAGAGGAUCUCACAAAAGAAUUUGAAGAGCUCAAGCACAAAGCUGUAAAGGACAAUGAAAAUAUUUCUCAGACUACAUGGGAGGAAAACGAUUUGGGUGUGGUGAUACAGGAGGAGGGAAAUAUGCACUCUAAGGAAUCGCCUGAAGCAGAUGAACGUGCAGAGUCUCUGGAUGAGGGAAUAACAACUACUGAACCUGAAGGAGAGAGUGGAGAGACUCCGGAAGAACUGGAGAGUAAAGGGAGGAUCAACGGAGACGCUAACGAGAAAUUUGAAGAUGAGGGAACUGGUUUGGAGGAGUCAUCAGAAGCUGGAGACGAUGAAGAAAAGGGAGAGAGUGAAGAGGAUGAUGAGAAGGAGGAUAGAAAGACAGACAAACAUUAUGCCACAAGAGACAGUGAAGAGAAUGAGCUGGGAGUUUUAAGCAGACGAAUGGAUGGAACAGGUGGAAAAGAGGAAAUGACAUAUAAAAGCACCAUGUUCCAAAGAAAUGAGAGUGGCAAGACAGUAGAGAGGAAGUCCCCUCAGUCUCCUCCAAGUUCUCUUCAUGAUGAAAAAUUUUCAGUUGAUGACAGUGGAGCAGCAUCAGAUGAGGAGAACUGUAACAAGCGCCUGGGGGAAUAUCCAUUAGGUCACACAAGGUCUACAACUGGUGUUUCAAGUGCAUCAGCUGCAGUGGGUCAAAUGCCGAAACCAUGGGAAUUUAUUAAUGAUGGGACAACUAGUGAUGAGGAGUUUCCCACGUUUACAGGGACUGAACUGACAAGGACCUAUGAAAGAGGAAAGAUGUCCUCACUUCCUGAUAGCCCAGACUCAGACCAUUCAAAGAGUGAUGCCACUGAAGGUAAAGAUUAUCACCCCUCUGCCUCUACAAUAUCACCGGCAUCUUCAAUUGAAGAAGACCGAUAUUUCAAACAGUUUGCUGCUGAAGCUGUCAGCCCCGAGGAAGAAGUAGGUAGACAUGACUUACCCUUGGGAAUGCCAGGCAAAGUAGCUGUUAAUUCAACUAAACUUAGCCCAGCUCCCCUCUCACCACUCAUAAAGACCCCUACAAGUGAUUGCAGUGUGAACUCUGACUUGACACCGACUGCUGUUGCAGGACCUGUUGGAUCACUGUCUGAAAGUGCUCGCUAUACAUCUUAUUACGAGUCUGUUGCAGAUGAACAGGUAAGCACACACUCUGACAAUGCUGGAAAGUCGCACAGUGACAUGAAAGUUUUUAGUCAUGGUACCAAGAGCUCUUUAGAAGAAAAGUCUGUCAAAACCACGAGGGAUCUUUCACCUGUAUGGGCAGAUUCCAACAUGCAUGGGGCAUUCAAGGAGGAAAGUAAAAUGUCCAUAUCAGAAGGAACCACGUCUGACAAGUCUGCAACACCAGUUGAUGAGGUUGUUGCAGAGGAUACAUUUUCCCAUAUAGCGUCUGCCUCAACUGCCUCUCUUGCCACUAGCUCACUCCCAGAGCCAACAGCUGAUGACGUCUCCCCAUCACUGCAUGCUGAAGUGGGCUCCCCACAGUCAACAGAGGUGGAUGACUCCUUGUCUGUAUCUGUAGUCCAAACCCCAACAACUUUCCAGGAAACAGAAAUGUCACCAUCCAAAGAAGAGUGCCCCAGACCAAUGUCAAUUUCUCCAGACUACUCACCUAAAACGACUAAGUCAAGAGUGCAGGACUCAAAGCAGUCACCGGAGCAGUCCACUAUGUCAGUGGAACUAGGUCAGGAGUCUCCAGAUCACUCCUUAGCCCUAGACUUCAGCAAGCAGUCUCCUCAGCAUCCAUCAGCUGCUAGUAGUGUGCGUGCUUCUGAGAAUGGCCCCACUGAGGUGGAUUACAGUCCCCCUGGCAGAGUGGGCUCUGGGUUUGUGAAGGGAACCAUGUCUGCAGUGGAGAAACCAGUACUUUUCAAAGACUCUGACUCUGCUCUAGUGGCUUCAGCCUCUCCUUCAGAUGCCUCACAGUCUACCCCGUCUGUUAACACUCCUUCCCAGACGGCCUCUCCUGUUAAAGCCAGUGAUAUGUCUCCAUGUGCUGCUAAUAAUCUGGCAUACCCAGAAAGUAUAAUGACAAAAACUACGUCACUAACAAUUGGAAGCUCUUUUGCACAAAACAAUGGGUCAAUAAAAGGUAUGGAAUCCAUGCAGAGUGAAUCUUAUCACAGGGAGGAGCUGCAGAAAAAUAAACCAGACAACCAGAAAGGUGCUGGUGCCCCCAGAUCUCCAAGUGACACUAAGAAGUGUCUCUCACCUCAGUCUCGAAGUGAUGUAGAUUUGUGCUUGGUUACCUCCUGUGAGUACCGUCACCCAAAAACAGAAUUGUCUCCAUCUUUCAUCAACCCAAAUCCUCUGGAGUUCUUCGCCAAUGAAGCUAAAGCCCAAGAAGAUGAAAAGCCUUUGGCUAAGUCCGGGGGAAGGCCUCCCCUAUCCGGCGGAAAGCAGUAUGGCAGACAGUGUGAGGAAACUCCGGCAACUUCUGUAAGUGAAUCUGCUCCUUCCCAAACUGAUUCAGAUGUUCCCCCUGGGACAGAGGAGUGCCCCUCCAUCACUGCUGAUGCAAACAUAGACUCUGACGAUGAUUCUGAGACUCUCCCGACAGACAGAACCGUAACCCACAGGCAUGUUGACCCACCUCCAGUCUCAGUCCGAGACUCUGCUCCAGCGCCACCCCAUCCUGAUGUCUGUAUGGUGGAUCCAGAAGCUUUGCCAGUCAACGAAAACCAAGAAAGCCCCUCCAAGAAAGAGGCCAGUGACAAGCCCACAAAGAAAAAACAAGGAGGUAAGACUAAGUCCUCCUCACCAGCAAGGAAAACUAGCACUGGUAAGGAUUCUUUAGACAAAGUUUCAAAGACUGCAUCACCAAAAAAGAAAGACCUUUCGACGCCUAAGUCUGAUGUGAAAGGUGGAGGGGAUAAAGAUGCUAAAAAUGCAACCAAUACCUAUACUUCAAGGGCCCCAAAAAGUGCAUCAUCAGUUUCAGGCAACAGUAAGGCAGGAGGAGCCGCUUUACCCAACUGCCCCCCAGUGUACCUGGACUUGGUAUACAUUCCAAACCAUUGCAACGCUAAGAACGUCGAUUCUGAAUUCUUCAAACGUGUGAGGUCGUCGUACUACGUUGUGAGUGGCAACGACCUGGCAGCACAAGAACCCAGCAGGGCAGUUCUGGACGCCCUGCUGGAAGGGAAAUCUCAGUGGGGAAACAACAUGCAGGUCACUCUGAUCCCGACCCAUGACUCGGAAGUCAUGAGGGAGUGGUACCAGGAGACCCACGAGAAGCAGCAGAGCCUCAACAUCACAGUGCUGGCCAGCAGCAGCACCGUGGUCAUGCAAGAUGAGUCCUUCCCUGCCUGCAAAAUCGAGCUGUGAUACUUGGAUGCCCAACACCUUACUCCUGAGUCUUGUGUUCCUUCACAAAUUCUUCUGUGUGACAACAAAAAUGAAUCAGAAAAACAAAAAACUAAUGGUUCUUUGAAUUAAUGUAAAAUUUGCCAAAAGGAAAUUAAAUGUAAAGUUUAAGAAAACAGUCUUGAUGGAUUAGACACAUUUCCUGAAGGGGGUUCAAAUUACUUAAAAUAAUGUGCAUCUCCAUUGUCAAAAGAACAUGGAAAUCUUAAAAUUAAGGGAAUACUGCUUCUAAGCCUCAUUGUAAGGGUUGUCUGUGGACACACAAUGAUCUCAUUGUACUUGUAUGUUGACUCCUGUUUGCCUGAGAGGGAUAUGUUGCAAAUGAAUAUGCAGAGACAAAAUAUUUAAGGCAUGCUCCCAGCAAAUGGAACCACCACGAUUAGUUAUCACUGUAGUGUUGCAGUGUCAUUUUUUCCUUAGGCAGCCUGCAUGUCAUGAGAUUUAAUUAAAUGGCUACAAAUAUUCAUUUACACUGGCUAUUAUCCUUAAGCCCAGACCAAAGGAUAAAAGAGUACACAUUUUAAAUGCCUUAGAAAGUCAAUUGAAUGUAAAUGAGAUGCACUUACUUUUAAAUGUGAAAGAGCGGGUGUAUGGGAUUCAAGCAAGAAGAGUACAAAUCUAGCCCAUCACCUGAUGUCAAAAGGGAUUUCUGAUUGGAUGAUGGAGAGAAUGAGUGUGUGUAUUUUAUGUGUACCUCUGUGAUCCAGCAUAAAAAACAAAACUCCUUGAAUGAUCCUAUGCAGAAAACAUUCUUCACUGAACAGUUGUCAACAGAUAUAGAUACAAACAUGUGGUCAUUACUGUAAUAGAAAUCAGUUUAUUAUUUCUUAAAAGAGGACAGAAUUUAAAGCAUGUCCCUGGAAACACUCAACAGUAGUAUUAGCCUCAUCUGUACUCUUUUAUAAUGUUUUAAAAUUGGUAUUUUACUCUUUAAUUUAUAAGAAGAUGUUCGGAAAGGUGGCAUAGUCUGCUAAGUGAGAAAUUGAAUUUUGGCCAGUCAGACUUCACCAAGUUAUUUUCCUUGCUAAUAGUUUUUAAUCAAAGUAAUGACUAGGACUGCCACUGUAUGUUUGUUUUCUGUUUUAUAUAGUACAUGUGAAUCUGUCUUGCGCUUUUAUCUCUGCAAUAUUAGCCAUAUUAUGCAUACUAUAUGAUAUAAUUUAUGUGAUAGCAUUUAAUUUGAGGUGAAUAGGCUUGUGAAAACACACCCAUUGCUUAUAAGAAUUGGCAAUAUUGCUUUAGAUAGCAUUUUCAGGUAGGAAUCUUCCUAAAUAGAAUAUUUCAGUGUACUUUGUUACAAUGUCUUAUACUUUUGUGAUUGUUUAAGAUAAGCAUAAGUUUGCACUACUGUUUUUGAUCUUGAUCAGAGGAGAACACAGGAGAAUUGUAUUUUAGUAUUUUUAUCUAUAUUUAGAAUAUGUAAUCUUUUUAUCUUUCUUUUACUGGGUCAUGUGGAGGAAAGACGGUUAACACUAAGCCCUUUUUUGUUCCCCAAAUGCCUUAAAGACAGUGAGGAAUUAUUUCUUAUUCAGAGAUGUUCUACAAGCUACUUCUUACUUCAACAGCUCUGUGCUAAGUGUCACAAAUACACCAUAGGACAAGAAGAUUAAAUAUAGAGGAUGUUGAUUUUCCAUUACGCCUUUCAGUAAAAUCCAUUGAAUACUGUUGUUUCAAUAUUGUGGAUAUUUUAAAUGGACUUUGUGUUUCUAUUUUUUUUUUUGAACACGG